CGGCUGCCCUGCUGCUGUAAAAGUGAAAGUUUAGAGCGCAUGCGCUGAGGAGAGUUCCGUUACGUACCAAACAAUCGGUGUUCACAGAACGCUAUACCUUUUAUAGCCUAGGCCUAGUGUAAAUAGAAGUACAUUGAUAAAAAAUGUAGUCAAAGGACAGAAACAAGUAUGUUGACCUGUAAAGUAGCAGUCAUUGACUUACUCAUCAUGUUGAUGCUAUUUGUUGGCACUACAUCAAACUCCCGAGCAAACACAGCACAAGGUAAUAAAAUUCGUCUGCAGCCAAAGAUAACAAAUCCAGCGAUGAGCAAACCAUAUGAAUUAGUCACUGGAGAAAGUCUGCAUAUAUCCUGCCAUGUAAACAAGACAUUAGACAUGAGUUAUCAAAAUCAUCAUCCAAUUUACAUGUGGUGGUGUAACACCACAGAUUUAAAAUGUUUCCUAGGCCCAUUUUCCUGCAAGAUAUGUAUUGACCUUAUAAAAAGUGCUUGUGAAGCUGAUUCGCUCAGUACAAAUUUUACUAUUGCCUACGCUACCUAUGCCGAUUCCAAUAAUUAUAGCUGUGUAGCUUACACUGAGGACUAUAACUACAUAAGGAAACCAGAAACUGCCAGCAUUCAGGUCAAGGUUCAAGACAAAUUUGGCCCUAUUUUGACAAUUAAACCAACGCAAAACCUUACCCAAAUCAUUGGAAAGAAUGUAGAUCUAGUUUGCAUUGGUGAUGGCUAUCCAACACCUACAAUCAGAUGGUAUAAAGAUGGUGAUUUGAUACAAACGGGCAGGCUACUUCAGUUACGUAACGUUUCUGAGAAGAAUACAGGGCUCUAUCAUUGUGGCGCUGUUAAUAGGUUUGCUCAACAGAAUUCAUCCACCAUACUACUGGAAAUCAAGAAAUAUAAAUCAUACAAAGUGUAUAAUAUCUUGGCUCUAAUAGUUGGAUGUCUUUUAGGAGUGUUGCCUUUUAUAAUAGGUUGUAGUUUAAUAGUGAAUAUACAAGAGAAGGCACAGUGCUUCAGAAAUUCAGAAUCCACUCAGAGAUGUGCAGAAGAUGAGCAGCACCUAAUAUAGCACUGAAUACCAAACUAUGCAGAAAAUGGUAUCGCAAUGUUUUUGUUGAUUUUUUAGAGAUCAUACACUUAAAAUUUUUCAUAUUAAUGUAAAACGUGGGAUGUAGAAUAAUACUGAAACAGGGUCCCAAGUCUCCUGAAAUGUUGCGCGAGAUUCACAGAAAUCAGAACAGUACCUACACUCUGCAAGCUAGCAAGAAUCUGCUAGAAAAUAACACGUCUUCCGCAAAUUCAUGAUAUUUUUAAGUUCUUGAUGCUUUAUUUUCAUUUGUCUCACAGAAAACAGUGCCAAUGGGAAAUACCAUGUGCACAAAAAUAAAUUUAGAUGUGUUAAGAAAGAUCAAUAACCAGAUUUCUCAGAAGUGACUCCUUCCUACUUGGAACUCCUGCUAAAAGAUACUCUAAGACUGGAAAAAUUGUGACAAGUGAGUAAAUGGAACAUCAAGCAAAGAGUCUUUUAUUCAUCAACAGUUCAUUAAAACUGUAUAAAACCAAAAUGGAAUACAACAAACUACUAAGUUAUUAAUGCUUUAAAAAAAAAAGAAGAUAAUCAAAUACACAGCAGCAAUUAAUUAAACGUCUUUCAACCUUAAAUGGAAGUUGGCAUAUUUGUUUGCAUAUAUGACGAGUCCACCACAGUCCAAUAUUGGCUGUAUGACAUCAUGAGUCAGAUGUGGUUGCCAGAGAAAACAAAGAGAUAUAGAUAGUUAAGAGUACCCCACAUAAUGGUAACUAAACAUAUUUCAAAUGAAGUGCUUUUACACCUAAGUUAAAAAUACAUUCAGUAAAUUUCAGGGUAAUAGUGUACAGGAACAACAACAAAAAACAACUAUUGUAUUGUAUAAACAUAAUCUGAAAUAUUUAUUUAUUUAUUUAUUUAUUUCAAAAAAAUUUUGUAAUAGUUUGUAAAUACAUUAGAACCCCUAUUAAGGGUACAUUUUCAGGACCAACAGUUAAGUGACACCUGAUUAGGGGUACCCCCAUAAGGGACUAACUAGAAUGGGAAACUAUAUUAUUAUGAAAUCAACAUAAAUAUAAUUAAAACAACAGAAAGUGUGUCUGUUCCCUUAAUAUGGGUCUUUCUUUAUUAAUGGGGGUUGUCUAUAGUGUUAAAGGAUAUAAUUCCCCCUCGAUUCAAGGAUAAGUGUCCCCUGAAUUAGGAUGUCCUAAAAAUGAGUUCAAAUUUAUCUGCCCCGGCUCCUUCCCAUUUGUUCACUUUGUACACUCGCAAAAAUGUUGAUGACCGUAGAUGUCCCUAAUAACUGUAUUGUAAAUAAAUUUCUUGAAACUGUACAUAAAUAACUUUAUACAUUGUAUUCAACACACCUUCUUUUUUUUAAGAUGAUGUUUUAUUAUUUUUUUAAACUUUUUUCUAUCUUUAUAUUAUAUCAAGAAUCAUUGUCUAGGGGUUUAUUGCACCACUGUUAUUGUACUGUAUACCAAUUUCUGAAAUUUUCAUUCCAAUAAUUGAUGUUUAUAUUUGUCACAUUGAAUUUGUAGUGAUUAAAUAAUGUAAAUUAUAAUAUAUUUUAUUGAAUUGAUUAAGCCAAAUACUGGUAUGUACACAAAUAGAAUUUAUGAUUGCUGAUGUGGAAAGAAAUAAGGUUAGUUAUGCAACAGGGGAUAUAACAAGUAGCAAAGAACUAUGAUAUGGUGUACAGCUGUCUUUCCAAUUAAAAUAGAUUUGAAGCUUUAAAAAAAAAAAAAAUGCUUGCCUGGAUUUCUACUUGUCCAAAUAGAUAUCAAAGAUAAUUUUUUAUAGCAUAAAAUUUUCGUGAAUGUUUUGGGGUAGUGGUUGUAUACAAUGGUGGCUCCAGGUAUUUGCCAACAUUGGGUUUUACGUCCAACUGGGGAAUCCGAAACAAGGGACUGACUAGAGCCUCAGUCAGGGUUCUGGAAUAAAAAUCCUUGGUAGGGUUCAUGGAAGUUUUUAUGGCUAAGUAUGUCCCGAAAUUGUGCUGUUUGGCCUUACAAACUCAUUAUGGCAUCAGACGACGAGGGUCUAGGCCUGUCCGAUAGGGUCAGUUUCACCCACCGCUGGCACCAUCACUGCUUGUAUGGCCACAUCAUUUAUUGUAGGUUGGCUGUAUACAGUAAAUAUUCAGUUGUUGAAAACUAGCAAUGGAAAAGUCUCAGCAGUAUUGGCACCAGGGAUUCCCCAACAUCAGUCCUCAGCCCCCUACUGUACACAGAAACCCUGGUGCUACUUAAUGUUAUGUGCAAUGCAGUGGCAUAUCUGGGGAGGGGCGGGGGUGCGCGGGAGGCACGAUAUCCAAAAAUUACUCGCGCCCCCCCCCCCCCCCCCGGUUCCCCCUUCAAAGUUACAAUCAAGUAGUAAAAAAUAACCUAAAAUAACCUUAUUUUGUGAGUUACUGUAGUGCUCACCCCCACUAUACCUCUGCACCCCCAUUUUAAGGCACUUGGAUAUGCCACUGAUGCAAUAAAAAUAAUAUAUCAUAUAUUAGAGAUCAAACACUGCAAGCCUGAAGGCAAAGGUUGUAGAGAAUGUGGAGACCCCCCCCCCCCCAAUUUUCUAAACCUAUUACAUUUCACUAAAUUACUAUUACUAUUGUAAAAUGUAUGCAUGAUUGCCUCCUCUUCUGGCCGUUGAUAUUUAAUAACUGUGGUAUGGAAUAAAUUUGUUGUAGAUUGAUCAGCUCCGGUGAUUAUAAUUUGAUUCAUAUAAACAAAAGCCAUGUUAUAAUGUAGGCCCACCGAUGUAAUGGAAAUAAAACAUUACUUCUUCAGGUCCUCGCCAGGGCCCUAGACGGCCCCAUGCCUAAGGCUCGCUUUGCUUGCAAACUUCUCCACUCAAAAAUCCUGCCUACAGGCCUCCACUGACCUGUUUGAAAAUAUUUUAACCUUCCCAGCCUUCCCAUUGCCUGCCAUUUUUACAGUGAUGACAAUUAGUUUUAAUAGUAUUAGAAAUGAGUUGCUUAUAUAUUGUUUGCAAUUGGAAUUAGCAGAAAUUAAUAAGCACUGUGGUUAUGGUAGGUAGGCAGCCCUCAUUUCUUUUGCUUGUAAUACUCAUGGAUUGGUUAUUAAAGAUUUUUUACAAUUUAUAUUUACUUUUUUUACAGUGUACAAAAUUACUUAACUAUAAUUGCUUUAUAAGUAAGAUGUGACGUCCGUUACCUUUUCUAUUGCCUUUCAUAAUCAAACCGCUGGUUGUAGAGUGGUUGCUAUAGGUCCUAUAUCUUAAGUCCAUCAAAGUGCUGGCUGCUAAGUGAUCACUAUGCGUGUGCAUUUGCUGCACUUAUUAGGAUGAUUUCUUAGUGCAGUAGUACUAUGUAGUAUGGGCAGUGACACUCUUGGCAAUACGGAAUGAAUACUUUGAUUGUGCUGAAGUUAUAAGGUGGACACUUGUUUAAUAGAUUAAAAUGCAUUGACAAACAUUA